UACAUCGUUUCAUACUCUUCUCCUCUAUAUUUCCUUCUCUCCACGUCUUCUCUUCAUCUACUGGUCUCGGUUACAGCAUUAGAAGUCACCGACUUUCGAUCUACUCAGCCAUGGCGCCUCCCUCUGCAUCGCCGUCCGAUCAGGUCUCGCGACGUGUCGGAGUUCUCACCAACCAUUUCAACCAAACCACCAUGCAGGCGCCACCACUGACCCUGUCUCGAUCCCUAUGCAUCCAGUUCUCUCCCUCGGAGCUUUCCGAGCCCUUCGAUUUCGAUCUCUUGGAGAUGCGCAAGCUCAUGGACGGCCACAAUUUCGAGGAGAGGGACUGGCUCUUCGGGCUCAUGAGGCAGAGCAAGCUCUUCAAUCCCAGAAAUCGCGGGGGCAGAACGUUUGUGUCGCCGGACUAUAACCAAUCCAUGGAGCAGCAGAGAGAGAUGACUAUGAAGAGAAUCGAGUACUUGCGCGACCGAGGCGUCUUCCGUGGCUGGCUCACGGGUAAAGGGGUCGAAGCAGAAAUGCGAAAGUUCGCGCUCUUUGACGCCAUAGGCGUGUACGAUCAUUCGCUUGCUGUUAAGCUUGGUGUUCACUUCUAUCUAUGGGGUGGUGCCAUCCAGUUUUUUGGCACUAAGCGGCAUCAUGAUAAGUGGUUAAGAGACACCGAAAAUUAUGUGAUCAAAGGUUGCUUUGCAAUGUCUGAGUUGGGGCAUGGAAGUAAUGUUCGGGGAAUUGAAACAGUUGCCACUUAUGAUUCAAACACUGGAGAGUUUGUCAUUAACACUCCCUGUGAAUCAGCUCAAAAAUACUGGAUUGGAGGAGCAGCAAAUCAUGCGACACAUACGAUAGUAUUUUCACAGCUUAUUGUAGAUGGGACCAGUCAAGGUGUCCAUGCAUUUAUAGUUCAAAUUAGAGAUGAAUAUGGAAACAUCUGCCCAAACAUUCGUAUAGCGGAUUGUGGCCAUAAGAUUGGUUUGAACGGUGUCGAUAAUGGUAGAAUCUGGUUUGACAAUGUCCGGAUCCCUAGAGAAAAUUUGUUGAAUUCAGUGGCUGAUGUUUCAACAGAUGGACAAUAUCUGAGUGCAAUUAAAGACCCAGAUCAGAGGUUUGCAGCAUUCCUUGCUCCUUUGACAUCUGGUCGUGUAACUAUUGCUGUUGGUGCAGUUUACUCUGCAAAGGUUGGUUUAGCGACAGCCGUAAGAUAUUCACUGACUAGACGGGCAUUUUCUGUUGCACCAAAUGAGCCAGAAGUGCUAUUGCUUGAUUAUCGAAGUCAUCAACGACGUCUGUUACCUCUUCUUGCGAAGACAUAUGUUGUGAGUUUUGCUGCAAAUUACUUGAAACUGAUUUAUGCAAAAAGGACACCUGAAUCAAAUAAGACAAUCCAUAUUGUUUCGAGUGCAUUCAAGGUUGCCUUGACCUGGCAUAACAUGCAAACUCUUCAGGAAUGUCGUGAAGCCUGUGGAGGACAAGGUCUGAAAACAGAAAAUCGAAUUGGUCAAUUGAAGAGUGAAUAUGAUGUCCAAUCUACUUUUGAGGGGGACAACAAUGUCCUGAUGCAACAGGUUAGCAAGGCACUCAUGGCAGAAUUCAUAGCAGCUAAGAAGAGGAGUAAGCCAUUUAAAGGAUUAGGAUUAGAACACAUGAACAAACCUUGUCCUGUAAUCCCAUCUCAACUCACAAGUUCUACCCUUAGGAGCAGCCAAUUCCAGACUGACAUAUUCUGCUUAAGAGAGCGAGAUCUAUUGAAUCGUUUUGUCAAUGAAGUGUCACAGCUUCAAGCUCAGGGACAAAGCAAGGAGCAUGCAUUUAUUUUGAGUUAUCAGCUUGCAGAAGACUUGGGCAGAGCUUUCACACACCGAGCGAUUCUGCAGACCUUCAUAGAAGCUGAGGCCAAAGUAUCUGCUGGCCCAGUGAAGAAUGUGUUGGGAUUGUUGAGAUCCAUGUAUGUUUUGGUCUGCUUAGAUGAAGAUGCUGCAUUCCUCCGAUAUGGGUACUUAUCAGUGGAGAAUGCUGCUGCAGUAAGAAAAGAAGUAAUGAAACUCUGCGGUGAACUUCGACCACACGCACUUGCCUUGGUCAGUUCCUUCGGCAUUCCUGAUGCCUUCUUGGGCCCUAUAGCUUUCAACUGGACUGAUGCUAAUUCUUGGUCCUCAGUUCAACAAUAGGCAGGCAAUCACAACAGUAUUUUGCCAUAUGAAGUUUUCCUUUUAAUCCCCCGUGUGUUGAAUUGUAUCGCUGUAUUAUCUGUGGGGCAUUAUGGACUUGCUCAUAUGAGAAGCCUGUAAUUUAUUCCCCUCCCCAUUACAAUAAAUCGAAGGCUUCUUUGUAAAACCUUUUUGUUAAUAAAUUAUUCGAUGGGUUCUUUCUCUUGCACAA